GAUGAAUUCGAUGAUUUAAUCUUUUGACGUUUUAGGAGCCGCUGGCGAAAAUAAGCGAAGUCCAAAUCAGAAACUCGAGACUUCUGCCGAAGGAACACGGGGCUCCUGCGUAAGGAUGGGUAAUUACGUGUCACUCUAUUUGACCAACCCCAAGGGAACUCCGGUGCCGUUGACGGAGCCUAGUUUUGACCCGAACCAUGGUUUUCCCAAUGGCAGAAAAGAACGGGUCAUGAUUGCCACCGAAGAGGAAAUGGAAGCUGCCAAAAUUCCUUUGGAGGCACGGGACUACUGUGCCCAUAAGUUGAUCCAGUAUCGUGCUUGCCGAAGUGAUGUUUGGCCAUGGGCGUACAAGUGCGCCCACGAGAAACAUGAAUAUUUGAACUGCGAAUACGACGACUACAUCCUGCGUUUGAAGGAAUACGAACGCGAGAAGAGAUUGCUUACGCGAAAAGUAAAACUCGAAAAGAAGCAAGCCCAAGAACUGCAUGCCUAAAACAGUCCUGGUGAUUCUGUGCGAUAUACUUUUUUUCGGUUCGGUGUAAACUUGGUUGUAGCAACUCCGCGUAAAUCCGUGCAGGAUGUGCUAAAACAGAUAAUAGAUUAACUUACAAACAAAACGCGAGCAUGUACAUACAAAAAA